AAACUAAAAUACUAAACCCAUUUGAAAUUUCCUACAAGAAUGAUUUAACAAGUUGUAGAAGAAAGUGAAGUUACUCUGAUAAGUGAGUUAGCCCGCCAACCUCGCCUUUAGAUUUUUGUCCACACAGCAAAGCAAGAAGAGAGCAAUCUUCUCAGACCAGAGCAGAGUGCAGAGUCAAUCAGAGAGUACCACAGCAGGUGCAGGUACAUUUCAAAAGUUCCUCCACAAGGUUGCAAUGGAUAUAAUUUCCCAAUUACAAGAACAGGUUAAUCUGAUUGCACAUUUAGCUUUCAAUACCAUUGGGACACUGCAAAGGGAUGCCCCUCCUAAUAGACUGUCGCCAAAUUAUCCUGAACCACCAGCACAUCCUACAGAAGAGGGGACAAAUUUUUCAGAGCAGCCAAAGUUGAUGAGUUCUACUUUAGUGAAGGCUGCCAAGCAGUUUGAUGCAUUAGUUGCGGCUCUUCCUAUAUCCGAGUCAGGUGAAGAAGCACAGCUUAAGAGGAUAACAGAACUACAAGCUGAAAAUGAUGCAAUAGGCCAAGAACUUCAAAAGCAGUUGGAAGCUGCAGAGAAGGAAUUGAAUCAGGUUCAAGAACUGUUUAGGCAAGCAUCAGAUAAUUGUUUGAACUUGAAGAAACCAGAUGACAAUUAGCUAUUGACUAGAUCAGAGUGAUGAAUUUGGCCAGAAGUAUCCCAACUUGACACAAAGCAGGGACUGGUGCAGCAAGGUUUUCCUUUUCUCCAUGAAGUCUUGGUUAACUGAAACAGUUUAUUUAUUUUUUUUAUUGUUGCAACUUUUGUAUGACGCAUGAUGUUUUGCGAAAUCCAUAGUUGUUACUGUAAUUACAUUCCUGCUGUCCAUGGAGAAAUGAAAGCCUUAUGGAUACUAAGUGUUUUUUUU